AUGGCAACAUGGGUUACAAUAGCAUUUCUGUUUGUUUGGUCUUUUCUUGAGCUUCAUAUUGGAAUUGAAGCACAAAAAUUAUCCAAAGAAGAAGAUAUUGAAUUGGAGAAGGAACUCAAGCUUCUAAAUAAGCCAGCUGUUACAACUAUUGAGACAAUAUAUGGAGAAAAGUAUGAUUGUGUGGAUUUUUAUAAACAACCAGCAUUCGAUCAUCCUGCAUUGAAGAAUCAUAAUUUUCAUCAUCAGAUGAGACCGAGUUCAUAUCCUAAGAACUGGAAAACAUUCAAAAAUUCCUCAACAACUAAUCGAUCAAAAAACUUGUGGAUAAAUGGUAAAGGUUGUCAUGCUGGUACUGUUCCUAUCAAGAAAACAACUAAAGAAGAUCUCAUCAACGCCAAAUUGGCUUCAAAAAUAUAUCAUACACAGUACAAGCCAUUCACACAACAAGAACAGGGUACACAUUAUGCUAUAUUGCACACAAACUAUGGUACCGGAAAAGUAUUCAUUGGAGGUGGAAUGGAAUCAACCGUAUACAACCCAAAACCAAUCACCGGUACUCAAUACAGUUCUUCUCAAGUAAAGGUCGCAAAUGGUGCAGAGAGUAUAGAAGUUGGAUGGACGGUUAAUCCUACCCUAAACAACGAUGAUCGGACAGGUGCAGCACGGUGUUUGAACUUACACUGUGCUGGUUUUGUACUCACUCGAAAUGAUAAUGCUAUCGAUCAAACGCUUGAGCCUGUGUCUGAGAGGGGAGGAACUAUAUUUGUUAAAAGAUUUCUAAUUUAUCGGGAUUCACCUAGUGGGCAUUGGUGGCUUGCACUUGGCCCAGAACGAACCAAGAUUGGAUUUUGGCCAAAUCAUAUUUUCACUGAGUUGACAAAGGUGGCAACCUAUAUAGAAUGGGGUGGAAAAGUGUACAGUCCUCCCAACGUUCCUAGUCCGCCCAUGGGUACUGGUUUUGGGUUGUGUAAACAUUUCCUUUGUCAACAUACCUUGUUGGACGCAUAUUGCUGCAGGAUUGGCACUGUAAAUGAAAGUUAUGUGAUUGUUAAAGCUACAGAGACAUCUUCUUAUGCUGACAUCCCAGACCAUUAUCAAGUUUUGGAUGACGGCAUUUAUGAUAAUUUUGGGCACAUCAUCUAUUUUGGGGGCCCUGGCGCAGCCAACCUGCAAAUGGAGAAGUCCAGUGGUGUGGACUUCAAGAGGUAG